CCCGGCCCUAGAUCCUCGUAUCCGGGAUUUUAUAUUAGUACCUGCUAUCUAACACAAACAUCCGUAAACGAGAAUUGACCUGACAACCUGUGGGAACCAUCACUUUCUAUAGCUAUGGAUUACUAGUCCAGAAUACUGUACCGAUGCCAAGAACGUGAAAAAAACAACAAUUUACUCCAGUAAAAGAUCUUUUCAGAAAACAAGCUAGAUUUGGCUCUACAUAUAUAUAUCCGUAUUUAAUGUGAACUGUCUUAAUGACAUGAGUGCUAAACUGUGUGGGUGGCUGUUCAUCUUCUUCAAACUAACAUCAGAAGCAGCUGUUUGUGGCUCUGAAAGUAUGGUUUCGCAGGAUGAUAGCUUCAGCUCUAUAAAGAACCUCAUUUUUCAUAAGCUUGAGAAUCAAAUCGAAAGAUUGUCUUCUUCUGAUCCAAGUAGUAGUGAUAAUGAAGCCUUUGUUCGUAGUAAGAUCCAGAAAUAUUAUUAUUUGCGUAGUGGAAAACAAAAAAUGAGCUGGAUGUAUAAACCUACCAAAGGAACGACAAGACAUCUACGGGAAAUCUUUUUAGGUCGAUGCUGGGACUUUGUUGAAAACAAGAACGCUAACUUAGUUGAGCCCGAAAACAUAAACUGUGAUGUGCUUUUGACAUCCUUUCUGAAGGCGUUUUCUUAUAAAAGUCCAUGUGAAGUAAAAAAAGAAGAUUAUAGAGACUUCUUCAACCAUUUCCGGGAAAAACAACUGAUAGAUAAGGUAUUGCUGUGGUCUGGCACGAGGGAAUGGACUCAUGCCUAUUCCGGUUUGUUCAACAAAUACGUCACUUUGGAAGAUACUUUACCAGGGUAUGUCUUAAAUGGUCUUUCUUGGUGUGGUAGCAAAAGCUGGCCAGGAAUAGAUUACAAGUCAUGUCCUUAUGAAUGCGUUAAGCAAAAGGCAUUUUGGGGACUAGCAGCAGCGAAGCUUGCAAAACGAGCACGUGGAGUCGUCUAUGUCAUGCUGAAUGGAACAAGACAACACCUUAUUGACAGGCAGAUAUUCCCUGCAUUCAUGGAAGACAGUUAUCUUGCCGAGAACCAAGUCCCAAACCUUCCCGUUCAAAGCAUCUCUGAAGUAAAAAUACUUGUUGGGCAUUCUUUACAUCACGUUUCAUUGGAACGUUGUAAUAGUCUGACUAUAAAGCAGUUUCAAGACAGACUCGUUUCACGAGGACUAAAGGCAUCAUGUUAUGACAACCCUUAUGUGUUCCGUCAUCUGUUGUGCCUUGAGCAGCCAGUUGAUCCGCUAUGUCUCUUCAAAACUUUGGUGGAAAGUGACAGCUGAGAUGAUGUCACAUCAUGUACCCUGCGCCAUGAAGUUUGCCGUACUGGGAAAUUCAAUCAAGAAAAAAAGUGGAAGAACUAGCGACUAAGCAAUUAAAUUAGGAAAGCCACAUUUUUUGUUAGAUGAAAUAAGUAGGUUCAAACGAAAAAAUAACUGCAUUGGGAAUUGGAUGCAUAGAUCUGCCCUCACUUGGGAACUGGGCCAGGAGAUAUUAUGCACUUAAUGUCUGGUCGUGAGGGAAAUGUUUAGUUUUGUUUUCCCCCGAUUCUCGAUAUUUCCCUCGGCUUCGCCUCGCUGAAAUUAAUCCCUAAUUUCACUCGGCACAUACGAUAACCUCUACUAAUACCCUGGAAAAAAAAAAGAAAUCUUACCUCCGUAAAAAAAAAAACGUUUUAUAAAUGAUAAACUACUGGCUCGGGAGAUUUGGUUAACCACUCCCCACGUAAUCGAAGUAAAAUAAAUUACCUUUACCUUA